AUAAGACUUUCUUCAUUUCACAUGAAUAUUUGACAUUGUCCUCUUCCUGUUUUUACUCCUUUAAGCCCCCAUAUUUGACACCUCUCUCUCUCUCUCUCUCUCUCUCUCUCUGCAGCUUUUGAAUCUAUUGUUGCAAAGAGUUAUCUAUUGUGAUCAUUGAUGGGACAACAAUCGUUGAUAUACAGCUUUGUUGCUCGUGGUACGUUGAUUCUUGCAGAGCACAGUGACUUCACAGGAAACUUCACCACCAUAGCUUUACAGUGUCUGCAAAAACUUCCUGCUUCUAAUAACAAGUUCAUUUAUAACUGUGAUGGACACACCUUCAACUUCCUCGUCGAUAAUGGAUUCACUUAUUGUGUAGUAGCAGUGGAGUCUGUUGAAAGACAAAUUCCAAUUGCUUUUCUUGAACGGAUUAAGGAUGAUUUUAACAAAAGAUAUGGUGGAGGAAGAGCUACAACAGCAACUACUAGAAGUCUUAACAAAGAUUUUGGACCAAAGUUGAAGCAGCAUAUGCAAUAUUGUGUUGAACAUCCAGAGGAAGUUAGCAAACUUGCUAAAGUGAAAGCUCAAGUUUCUGAAGUCAAAGGAGUUAUGAUGGAAAAUAUUGACAAGGUUAUUGAUAGGGGAGAAAAAAUUGAGGUUUUGGUGGAUAAAACAGAGAACCUUCGUUCUCAGGCACAAGAUUUCAGGCAGCAAGGAACACAGUUAAGGAGAAAAAUGUGGUAUCAGAAUAUGAAGAUCAAGCUCAUAGUUCUUGCUAUCAUAAUUGCAUUGAUUCUCAUUAUUGUUCUUUCUGUGUGUCAUGGUUUCAGUUGUUAAAAAUUCUCAUUUAUCUAGAAUUGUCACUAUAUAUUGGAUUGUUUUGUAAUAUAUUAUAGUCUCAUACUUUAUGAUUUGUUUAUUAGACAUUCAAUUGUAUCAUGUAAAAAAAUGGUUAGGAAGAAAAUGAAUAAAGUGUGUUAGGGUGAUUCCUAUUUUUCA